AUGGCGAACGUCUCCUGCUGCGCGUUCGAGGAGCCAAUCCUGGACCUGGUCCUGCCGCCCGUGCUCCUGCUGGAGUUCGUGUUCGGCCUGCUGGGCAACGCGGUGGCCCUGUGGAUGUUCGUCUUCCACAUGGACACGUGGAAGCCGAACAGCGUCUACCUCACGCACCUGGCGGUGGCGGACACGCUCGUGCUCUUCUGCCUCCCCUUCAGAGCCGUCUACUACCUGCGGGGCAAGCACUGGAUGUACGGCGACAUCCUGUGCCGGAUUCUGCUCUUCCUGCUGGCCGCCAACAGGGCGGCGGGCAUCUUCUUCCUGACGGCGGUGGCGGUGGACCGCUACCUGAAGAUCGUGCACCCGCUGAGCCGCAUCAACCGGCUGGGCCUGAGGUAUGCGCUGUGCGUCUCCUGCGGACUGUGGGUGCUCAUCGUGUCCAUGACCGCUUACCUCCUCACCGAGCCCCACUUCUUCCUGCAGAACAACCGCACGCAGUGCGAGAGCUUCAACAUCUGCCCGGGAAACAACCCCAUGGCCACCUGGCACAACGUCUUCUACGUCAUACAGUAUUGCAUCCCCGUGGUCAUCGUGUCCUUCUGCACCAUCUGCGUCACCCUGCAGCUGAAGACGAAGACGAAGGACACCCAGGGCAAGAUCAGGAGGGCGGUGAACUUCAUCCUGGCCGUGGCCCUGGUGUUCUUCUUCUGCUUCUUCCCCAGCAGCAUGUCUCGGAUCUCCGUGUGGGUCCUGCAGGCAAAGCACACGGACUGCAGCUACUUCAGGGAGGCCAACCUGGCUUUUUACACCUCUGUGUGCUUCACCUACUUCAACAGCGUACUCAAUCCCCUGGUCUACUAUUUCUCCAGCCCCUCGUUCAGCGGGCUGUUUCAGAAGCAGUUCAACAAGCUGUUCUGUAGGAAGACGCCAGAGGAGAAUCAUCGGCCGCCUGAAAACACAAACGUCGCCACUGCAUCUACUGGCGAUAUAUAA